AUGGGAGAAGAUUUAGACCUGGAUGAAGAGAUUAAUCCCCAACUGAGCAAGGACGUGCUGCUGCUUCCAGGACAAGUGGAGCAGGAAGUAAGCUUGAGUGUUCCCUCUUACAUUUCUUCUGUGGCUGGCCAGCCUCUCACUCCUGGAACGAAGCCCGGGCCCACUGUGAAAGGAGCAGACAAACAAAGGGAAGAGAUCGUUGGAGAUGAAGUUCAGCCCUUCUCGCUUGAUGAAGAAUUCUAUUACGAUGCAGUGGUGCUAACCCCCAAGUUCAGUCCUGCAGAGUUGAAUGCCAUCAAAGAGCUAUCCAAGCAGAAGACAAAAGAGCGCAGACGUAGAGGAGCCCCAUGA